UCAUAAAAUGUAGGAGCCGAGGGUGGGAAAGGGAUUCCGGGACUCCGAAGAAGCAAGUGGAGGAGUUCAGGACAGAUCGGCGGCAUCCGGCCGGCGUCCGCGCCCAAGUGGGAAGCCCGAGCGCGCACUACAAGUCCCAGAAGCCCCCGCUUCCUGGAGCCCGCGCCGUGUCGCGCAACGCCCGCCGGGAGCCGGCCCGAGCCGCCAAGAUGUCGCAGCCCAAGAAAAGAAAGCAUGAGUCGGGGGGCGGCGGCGGCGAAGGAGGGGAGGGAGCCGAAGAGGAAGAUGGCGGAGAGCGGGAGGCGGCUGUGCCGCGACCCCGGAGGAGUAGGCGGGAGCGGGACCAGCUGUACUACCAGUGCUACUCGGACGUAUCGGUCCACGAGGAGAUGAUUGCCGACCGCGUCCGCACGGACGCCUACCGCCUAGGCAUCCUGCGAAACUGGGCAGCGCUGCGGGGCAAGACCGUACUGGACGUGGGCGCCGGCACCGGCAUUCUCAGCAUCUUCUGUGCCCAGGCCGGGGCCCGGCGCGUGUACGCGGUGGAGGCCAGCGACAUCUGGCAGCAGGCCCGGGAGGUGGUGCGGCUCAAUGGGCUGGAGGACCGGGUGCACAUCCUGCCGGGGCCGGUGGAGACGGUGGAGUUGCCGGAGCAGGUGGAUGCCAUCGUGAGCGAGUGGAUGGGCUACGGACUCCUGCACGAGUCUAUGCUGAGCUCUGUGCUCCACGCGCGGACCAAGUGGCUGAAGGAGGGCGGUCUUCUCCUGCCGGCUUCCGCCGAGCUCUUCGUGGCGCCCAUCAGCGACCAGAUGCUGGAGUUGCGCCUGAGCUUCUGGAGCCAGAUGAAGCAGCUCUACGGUGUGGACAUGAGCUGCCUGGAGAGCUUCGCUACGCGCUGCCUCAUGGGCCACUCAGAAAUCGUGGUGCAAGGCCUGUCCGGCGAGGACGUGCUGGCCCGACCGCAGUGCUUUGCUCAGCUGGAGCUGGCCCGCGCGGGUCUGGAGCAGGAGCUGGAGGCCGGGGUGGGCGGGCGCUUCCGCUUCAGCAGCUACGGCUCGGCUCACAUGCACGGUUUUGCCAUCUGGUUCCAGGUGACCUUCCCCAGAGGGGACUCUGAGAAGCCCCUUGUGCUGUCCACCUCGCCUUUUCACCCGGUCACGCACUGGAAGCAGGCACUCCUCUACUUGAAUGAGCCUGUGCAAGUGGAACAAGAUACGGACAUUUCCGGAGAGAUCACGCUGCUGCCCUCCCAGGACAACCACCGUCACCUGCGCGUGCUGCUGCGCUACAAAGUGGGCGACCAGGAGGAAAAGACCAAAGACUUUGCCAUGGAGGACUGAGCAUGGCCUUUUCUCCCAGCUACCUCCCGAGUCGGCCAGACCUGCGCGGUAGAGGUGGAGGGGGGUCGGAGGAGAAAGGGAGAUCUCACGAGCAAGUUUUGUUUGACAGUAUCAGCAUGGCUGUAUAUGACGAGCAAUAUGUGACACUGGACACCACGUGACCCAAAGGAAGCUCAAGCCCUUUGAAGUGAGGACACUUCCAGAAGGAUGAGAUUGUGAGACGCAUCCAACAUCCCAGCAUUAUCCGAGCUCUGUGUGAACUGGUAUUGAUUGUUCAGGGCCACUUGGGCCUCAGGAAGGAACUGCCAGCCAUAAGGAGAGAAAAACUUAGUGAAGUUCUGUCUGCUUUCUCCCAACAGCCUACAUUUAUUUAGCACUGAAACUUUCCAAGUAUUUCUGUUAACUCACUGGACAAGUGGACAUUUUAUUGAGUAUACAAUAGUCAUUGUGAUAAGCACUUAGGUUACAAACCAUUAAAACAUAGUUUCUGCCUCCAAAUAGGUAUAUUCACAUGAUAAACCAGAAAGUAAAAUAAAUUAAAAAUAAUGGGCAAAAGACUGGGGUGGUGUAGGUGUUAGGGAGGGCAGGUAAUUAUCUUUACAUACUAGGAAAAAGAGUUACACAGAUUUUUGAAGGAUUUGCUUAAGGUUACAUAGCUAAUUCUUGACAACUGAACACGUCUUUCAUUUCCUAACCUCAGAUAACCCCUUAGUUUUAAGAAGUCUCAUUGGAGAUCUGUCUCAUAGGCCUCCAAGAGCUACCUUCAGUAUACAGGAUCAGUAGGUUGACAAAUACUAGCCACUCAUCAGUAUCCCUGUUCCCAUUUCCCUAACAUAGCUCAUCAAAUGUGGCAGUUUCCCAGGAAACUGAAUCCUCAACACAGUAGCAAAGGUAGACAAACUGCCAUUCUCCUUGGUACUUGGUGCCGAAGAGCACACAUCCAAACAAGUGGUCAUUCAUUUAAUGAUUUAAUAAACACCGGCUAUAUAACAAUUAAGUUCUAUGAUACAUAAGCAAAUCCUACUCAGAAAACUGGGUUCAGCAGAGGAACAGAAUUACCUACAUCAGUAAUCUGCAUUUAUUGUUUAGCCUGGAACAAUUUCAUUCCAAUGAAAUUUUACCUCUGCUGAAGCAAGGAUGAGAAGCCAGCCCUCUUAGGAACUUCAUUCUCAAAAUUUCACCCAAGUGCAAAAAUACACCUUAUCACAGAUUAUGAGCUCCUCAGAGAAAAAUCUCUCUGUGGUGUUAACUCCCCAAAUAAAUGUGUCGUCAAUAUAACUGGUUUCUUUCAGCUAACAGACACAGUGCAGUGGGUAGAGGGCCCUCUCAUACUGGCUGCUAGAAAGCUGGGCCAACUUUAUGACUCACUUGUGCUUUACUUAGUUUUUUUUAGCUUUAUAUCUGCCUUCAUUUCCAUAACCCAACUUUUUUCUUGAUUUAUCCCUCUCAUAAUAUUAAUUUUUUUUCCAGAAUUUAUGUAUCUUCUCUUCUAAUACUUUUUUGGCAUUAAAAUACUUUCUGGAAUGCCUGCAGGAUUUCUGAGGGUGAGGAAGUUAAAGAGGCCAGAGGAAAAAAAUUUACUAUGGAAUGUGGUAUUGGGCAUUGUUAAUGUGGGUGGAUAGCUGACUGGAUCUUAUCCUUUAGCCAACCUGCAGCAUUUUACACUUUGUAGAAUCAAGAUUUCUGAAUUGUAGCAAACAGACAUGUAGACAAUCUUGAGGAAACCUCGAAUGUUCUCCAACUCUUUGUAAGCCUAGAACAAGCCCUAACUGCACCUUAACUACAACAGUAGGAUUGUAGAUUACCAAACCUCUUCCAAACCUGUGUCAGGAUAGUCUAAAGUGAUGAUAAGGAGCAAGAUGACAUAAUGAGACUAUUUCUCAAAAUAUCAUACAUGCUUGUAGGAAAAGACAUUUGAAACAAAGAAUCUGGGCCUAACUAAACACAAAGAGAAUUUUAAUAAAAACUGAGGCAUCAACAGCACUGGAAUUGUGCUCCUUGGGGAGCUUUGAUAAUUAAAUUCAUCGCUGAUAAUAAUAACUUUGGGGAAAGGCUUGUGAAGAUUUCAGUUGGAUAGAUUUUUAGCUCCAAAAAACAAUCACUUAUAACAGAAAUUUAGAAUAUAGAGAGCUGUGGGGGUGGGAUGAGGGGGAGUUCCUCUUUCUCUGGGCUGUCCCCUGCAAGAAAAGGAAGGACAGAAAAAGGAAAGCGGGAUGGAAAGAAGUCCUCCCCACACAUUUUUAAAUGCUCUACAGGUAUUCCUACAAUCAUAUGAGAUACGUGUUUGUAAAAAUCCUUCACAUUCUGCAAUACUGUGCACUAAAAAAUAACAAACUUAAGGACAAAUUAGGUUGGGUGGACCAUCAAAACCUAUGCAGCUUUGUAACUAGGAGCACUAGGAACACUAAUUCUAAUAAAAAUAGUAGCAGUUAAAAAAGAUGUUACUCCUAGUAAAUAAACACUGCAGUAAAUAAGACAGCUUGACGGGAGAGCAUGAGGAAAAGUUACAGAGACAAAGCAAAAUGCACAAAGAUGGGGAGAAGCCUUAAUACCAUUUCCAGGACAUAGAGCAUAUGGCUGAACAGAGCCAAGAGGGUAUGAAUGCAGAGUGUGAUACACUCCUCUUUGGCUAGCUGCAUUUAACUUGUGUCAGUGUACACUAGUGUUUGGCGCUUGCUACCUGGUGGUGGUAAAUAUUAAUGAUGGGAAUGAUCACAUAUGAAUCAGUCAACUUUCACAUUAUGAUUUGAAAUUGUUCCUCUGUUUACCGAUAUCAUUUGUUUAUUUUGCAGAAACAUGCAUGUAGCACAACAUUCUGUCCUUUGUUCAACUUCCAGAAAUUAAAGUAACUCAAAAUUC